AUUCAUAAAACUAAACUCGUCGCGGUCGCCGAUCAGUUCCCGAGAUCAGUUCGGUGCGAGUAGGUGCGCGAUUCGUAACUAAAACGAAAACAGAUAAUAGCGUUAAUUUGAAAAACGGUUAAGUGCGCGGUUAAACGAGCUUUUCGAUUCCGAGUGCCCGGGUGGCGUAAAAAACCAACCAAAAAGUGGCAAAAUGAUCAUGGACACAUUAGAUACGCUGCCUAAUCAGCACCACCACCACCAUCAUCACCAUUCUUCGGCGUUUUUAUUGACGGAAAGUGCCGUCGCGGCAGCCGGACAUCACUUCAACGUACUUAGCUUCGAUACAUGUUUAUAUAAAACCGGAAGUAGUAGUAACAGCGGAGGUAGCCCUAUUCCAGCUUCUAUUUGCUCACCUUCGGACGAUCCUUCUCCUUCGGAAGCCCAACCUGGCGAUCUUAAUACUCCAGUAACAACGUCCAGCGACGCUCCGACUUUCUUCGGUCCUAGCACCGUCGUCGAACCGCCGCCUAUUACAGGUUCCUUGGAUCCUGAAGAACUGUCUAUCGAACAACACGCCAGCCCGCACCAUUCGCCCAGCAGUCAUAUCACAGAAAGAGCCACCCCUCAAGAUACCGCUCUUUCGCCUAGUUUAAGAGAAGAAGAAAAUACAAAUCAGAGCACGUUAAGUAUGUACCCUCAUUCCAGUAACAACAACAUGGCGAAAAUACAGCACAGAUCGGUUUAUACAUCAGCCGGCAGUCCGAAUUUAUCCGGAAGCAUACAGAUGCAAAGCGGAAGUCCGAUCGGUAUGUCAACCCAAAACAUGCCACAUUCACCUUCCGCCGUAAAUCAAUGGUUGCUAUCUUCUGGAGAUAAACCAAUAUAUCCAGCUAUGUUCGGUUUGCUUCAAGGCUCUUCCCAAAGUCCUCAACAACAAUACACAUCAGCUACACCAAGUCCGGCAGGUACCCAAUACGACGACAGAUCUCAAACUGAACAACUAAUGCUCACGAUGGAAUGUAAUACUAAUUUAGCUCUAAAACAACCGCCUUCCUAUCCGAAUUGUUCAGGUACAAGUACAAACCUCCAAUUAGACAUGCAACAAGACAUGGUAUAUUCGCGAGUCGGACAACCGAUGGGUACGCCUAAAUACCAAUGGGAUACCAAUCAAGAUUACGGUUCACCGAACUCUAGUGCUUUAGUGAUACCGGGACCGUCUUCUCUAAUACCCAAACAAGAACCGUUUAGUGGAUCAUGUAGUGAUCUCGGUCAGAGCUCGAGUUCGGGUUAUAACGUACAAUUAGCCGAAUAUAACCCUUCAACCAGCAAAGGACACGAAAUACUCAGUCAGGUUUACCAACAAAGUCCGAUUCCGUUGAAACUCGUACCGGUUAAACCCCGAAAAUACCCGAAUAGGCCGAGUAAAACGCCGGUUCACGAACGUCCUUACGCGUGUCCCGUGGAAAAUUGUGAUCGAAGAUUUUCAAGGUCGGACGAACUUACGAGGCAUAUACGAAUUCAUACCGGACAAAAACCGUUCCAGUGCAGGAUAUGCAUGAGAAGUUUUUCGCGAUCUGAUCACCUUACGACGCAUAUUAGGACGCAUACCGGUGAAAAGCCGUUUUCGUGUGAUAUUUGCGGAAGGAAGUUUGCCAGGAGCGACGAGAAGAAGAGACACGCCAAGGUUCAUCUGAAACAAAGGAUGAAGAAAGAAAAUAAAUUAGGUAAUACGUCUCAAUCAUCCUCGUCGAUCCAACAGCAAACGUCUUCUUCGCAGCAAUCCCACCACCAUCACCUCCACCCGCACCAACAGUCGCACAUGCACCAAAGCCAUACGGUGACAAGUGACGAAGCGAUGAAUCUACCACCGGUCGUCACAACUACUCUUUGAGAACCCGAUACCGGGCUAGAGCCCGGUGAGUGUCUGCUACUCAUCCAAGACUACUGUGAUUUAGAUUCCGAACAAGCCAGGAUCAUUAUCGUUCAAAUAGAUUAGGAUCCGGGCUCUGAGAUUCAUAGAGAUCUUCGUGCAAAUACGCGUCAAGACUAUUGACUAGAUACCUGAUUAUUUUGAUCUCUAGUGGCCUAUUAUAUAGGGCCGAAAUACGUCUGUGCCAUUCUCUCUCGUGAAUUAGCUACAGGGUGUUUAGAGGAGUGGGUCUAAAGUGGCCUUAGGAAACGGAGAAAUUAGUAAUUCUACUAAGAAUAGUAAGAAGAGGGGGUUUUUUAUUUGAUGAUGAUCAUGAAGAAUGAUGAAGAAUUUUUUACAAAUUGACUGAUAGGAAGUAGCUUUUUACAACAUUAUCAAAAAUUUAAAAAACUUUUUUUUAUUUGGGAUAUUCAGUUUUAUGAAUAUUUUAUUAAGAAAGGUCAUGUAUUAAUAGAAAUUAUGGUUUAUCUUUUGGUUUACGGUCUUUUUUAUUCUUCGGUUCAUUGCCUUUGGUAUUAUUGAAAUUAAUAAUAAUAGUUUUAAACGGUUUUUAAAUGCCAGUUAAAUAUUGUUUCUGUUUGUUUUAUCACGUUUGAUCUUAAUCAUUUAUUACUUACGAAUCUUGAAUAAUUUAAUAGGAACAAUAACAAAAUAAUUUAAAAUGACAAAUUUUGACAUUCUUUUUAUAGUUUUUGUGUAAGUUUCUCUUAUUAUAGACAGAAACCCCCCCAUAUCUAUAUAACUUUCUUCAAGUGACGUCGCUAAAACGUCCUCUAUCUACAUUCUACAAUUGAAGUGUAAAGUGAAACUAAAUUUAGUAAAAUCUUUAUAUUCACUGGUAAGUUUUUCUAAUAUAUUUUUAACUUUAUUUUCGUGCACACAAUUCCAAUUAUCUAAAAAUAUAACAUAUUCCCGAAACAAAUAGAAAAUCCGAAUUUAGCCAACUUGAAAUGGAAAUGUUGAUGAUUUGAAUUUUGUGAACACUAUUUAUAAAAAGCAAAGUUAAAAAUAUAUUAGAAAAAACUUAUAUAUAAUCAAUAUAAAAAAUAUCACCACAAAUUUCACUAAAUUUACUUUGAUUUCACACUUCAAUUCUAGAAUAUAGAUAGAGGACGUUUUACUAACGACACUUGGGUCUUAUUGGACAUCAAAAUCAAAGCGUCUGCUUUAAUGUGUAGUAUUUCAUUUUUGUCUUAUUAUUAAUUAUUUAUCGAAUGGUUUUUACCUGCUUUUUAGCAAACAUAAUACAUCGUGAUUAAUUUUGAAUUUAUAUAAUGAUUGAGUCAUAACCAAGGAUAUUUAGAAGAUUAAUUUAAUGUUGAGAUAAAACAGCAUCUGUUGUAUUAGAAAUUUUUAAAGAAAUAAAUAGUCUGUCUUUGUUCUUGCUCGAACAGAAAAUAUUUUUCGAAACUUUCAAAACAUACCUUAGUUCAUUUUGAGCUUUUUUGUUUAAAAUAUUGUCUUUUAAUAAUUUUUUGCCGUGAAAAUAAUCAAGGAAAUUACAUGAAACCUUACUUCUCGAUUGAAAAAACUGAAAUUUUAUAAACAAAAAUGUAAUUCAAAUAAUUGUAUUGAGUAGGUAUCGAAUUUUAGACUGAAUAUGGAUAUUUACGAGCUAGGGUACAGUUUUUCCACUUCAGUUUUGCUCAGAAAUAAAUUUGAAAAUCGUAUGAAACUCGAUUUUAAUAACACAAAACAAAAUUUCAAUUUCCACAAGGAUUAUAAAGAUAAAUUUUAAAAAAAAAGGCAAAAAACAAAUAGUAAAAAUAGUUUGUAUUACUUUAAAGAUAUACGUGAUGAUAUACAGAGUGUUAUAUUAAAAUUAAACGAAAAAAAGUUUAAAAUUAUCUCACACAUGACCUUUCUUAAGAAACUACGAAAAUUUUUAGUCGUAGUAUGUUAAAAUUUCAUAUUUUAAAAACUUAUUUUUGUAAUUUCUAAUUAAAAAAAAAGUGGUUAUUGAUAUUUUAUUUUCAUCGGUGUUCUAAACACAUUUUUUUAACAAAUAUAGUAACAAAAGAGCUUUAAUUAAUAAUAUAGGUUAAAAAUUCACAUUUAAAAAAAUAUAUUUGCCAAUAACAAUUGGAAUACAUUCCGUAAAUAUUUUUUAUCUUUUUCUUUUUGUUCGUGUUUGUAGAAGGUAUUUUAUUUAUUGUUUUCGUUAGAUCUUAAGAGAUUAAAAAGUCAAUAGAAUAAAGCAGUAAGAAAAUGUAUUUUUCACGCGCAGAUUAUACAAGCGUACAUCAAAAAAUUCAACGUUAAAUCGAUCGUGAAAGAUAAUUUCAGAUAUACCUCGUAUAAUGAAGCGGCAAAUGUGAAAAUAUCAAAAUUGCCUUAAGAAGUGUCUUUAAUAAAGUAAAUUGAAGCAGAUCUAUUCCUAUCACACGUAGUUACCAUUAACCAAUUACCGCUAAAGUCACUUUCGAACAUAUUAUGAUUUUUUCUGUUAAUUAAUGCAAUAAUUACUCACUAUUGCUUUUUUUAAAUAAUAUACCGGUUUCCUACUAGUCUAAAAAUCCAUACAAAAGUUAAGGAUAUUUUGGAGUUGUUUUUUGGGAAUCGUUUUAUUUGAUUUGAAGAUCCAAAAUACCAUUUAUGAUCGUCACCUAGAACUAACUCGAUAAAAUCCUCAAAAUACCUAACCUAACCUGGGAAGAAGACUUUUCACUGCUAGAGUUCAACAAUAAAGAGAAAAAUCUGUUAUGCAGACGUCUUCUACUGGAAAGUACCAUUAACAUCUUUCGAAAAGGUGCAAUUAUAGUCGUAUUGUAUAGAUAAAAGGACACGGGUUUACAUGGAUCAAGUGGUGGUGUUCAUCUGAAUCCUGUAGAUUCAACAACUUGAUUAUAAUCUUGCCAAAAACGCUUAUAAUGGACGGGGGAAAACUAUUUCAAGUACUAAUCCAUAAAGCACGAAUUGCUUUAUACAACUGCUGCAGAAUAGUCGGAGGAACCUGAUGCUCCAGACCCAAAAUGAUGAACUGGAUGUACAAAUCCGUUGUGCGAUUUAUCAGCUAUUAUAUAGUAACCAUUUUAGAUUUACUCUCUUUAAAGACCUUUAGAAAAAGUGAAGCAAUAAAGUGGGCAAUGAAAGGCAUACAAGGAACAGAAUAUGAAGUACGGCGAGCUGGUUGGGUAUCUCAGCAUGUGUGCUUUAUCAACAAGUUGGCAGUCAUGGACAAAUGCAGAGAUUGUAUCCCCACGAGGAUCAUCGGUAUCCUACACUGAUAGAUCGAAAAUGGACAAAUAGAAGUCCUUGACUCUUAUUAAAUUGAGUCAAAGGGCCCAGGGGAAGAAAAGCGGGACGAAUCCUUUCAUACGGCCACAACAUUUUAUAGGUUUCCGAAAAAUCCAUCAAGUAAUGAUCAUAAAGAAUUGGGAAAUAGAGAAACUUCCGUUUCUGCAGGGAUCCACCAAACGCCUCAUCUGUGAGUGCAAGGCUAUUACAUAAAGGCUAUGGUAUUUAAAUUCAAGUAAUUUAAAGCCAGAUAGGUCAAAGUGUUAUCGAGGUAGAUUCACGAACUUUAUACUUUAGCUCUAAUCUAAUCUAAAUGCAAAGAUGUGCAAAUGGAUUUACAAAAAAAUAUCAGGUGUUGUUUAAACAUUUUUUAUUACUAAAUUUCUUGAUAAAUUCUGUUAUUUUAUUAUUUUAUAUUGUUUUUAAUUUAAUUUUCAAUAUUGUAUGAUAAUUUUUAAUUCGUUAUGGCAUUCAACAGUUAAAAAAGAAUUCGAUAGAAAUCCUUAACUUUUGAACAACUAAUUAUUUAAAUAUUAUUAACAACCAGUUACGACAAUCAGUUAUUUAAGACAAAAUUUUUAUUCUAUUAUUUAAACCGAGUGACUUUAGUUGAUUGGUGUAUUCGUACUUUGAAAUAUACGUAAGAUAAGACAUAAGUUUGAAGAGUUCCUCUAAAACUCAAUCUUAUCAUCUGGCAUUUUCGAAAAAAAUCAUUUUGAAUACCGUGGUGGGGUCCACUUUAAAAAAACCGAGUUUUCGUUCAUAUUUUGUAUAUUUGUAAAUAGGAAAUUAAUUUAAAAAAAUAAAUUAACAAUAUUAAGUUUGUAUAUAUUUGAAAAAUUAUAAUUAUAUUGAACGUUGAGAAUCGGCUGUUGUAAAAACUUGUUAAAAAAAGCUCAUCGAUAUCCAGGGAAAACCAUUGACCUAAUUUUCUAUUUGUUGCCAAGUUUUAAACUAAGAUAUAAAAGAAAGUUUACGCGUAUAUGUACAAUUGUCAAUGGCAAACCCUGUAUAUUGUCCUCUCCCUCUAAUUUGCACAUAACUUUUUAACACGUAAAUCUAUUUUUAUAAACAAAUUAUUUAAAUUUUCGGCAGAAAUGUACAGCUGUGAACAUUAUCAUUACCUAAUGUUUGAAUAGUUCCUACUAAAUGUUUUAAAGUACCAGAAGAAUAUUAUAACGUUUCGUGAGAAAAUUCGGUCUGUUAUCUACUGUCAAUUAAUAGUUUAUCGUUCUAUGUUCAACUGUCAAUCACAAAACUAGUAGUUUUACCACGGAAUGCAUUCUAACCAACUUAUUUCCAUUCUACUGUAAACUGAUUUCCACUGCGCGUAUCGAUUAAAAUCGAUUAAUUUAAAAACAAGGAAGUGUAUGAAAAAAAUAUUUUUCCUUAAAAUCACAUUUUUAAACAUUCUUUUCUUCCAAUAUGUAUAAACAAAAUUACUGUUCAAGGAAUGAAUUUCUUAUCGAAACUAAUAAUGUGAUUACAUACAACUUAUUUGCGCAUUUUAUUUAAAAAUAGUUGCCUUCAAGGGCAACGGAAUAAUUAUAGCGGUCAUACCAUUUUUAAAGUAGGAUUUGGCGACAAAUUUUUGUCCACAAGCACUCUUCUGAGGUCUAAAAAGUCGCUGGGAAUUAGAUCCAGAAAUACUGUGGACACUGAAACAAAUCAUCAAAUUUUUCAUCAUCUGUAUCAAUUUGUAGACACGGUGCAUUAACUUGAUGAAAUAGCACAGCUCCAGCUUCCUUCUAACCAUACUUUGAUCUCAAUUCUCAAAUCAGUCUCGCCAUAUUUGGGACACGCAUAACUUCUAAAGCCUCAUACAUCUUUGAGCGCUCUAUCGUAUCGUAAGUUUGAUUAUAAUCUAUGAACAGUUUAUGUAGUUCUAGUUUAUACUCUUGGUUUUUCCUCUGUAUUGUUUCUGUGAGGUUAAAAAGUAGAAUGGAUAAAUAAUAGACCCGCUCAGGCGAUAUUUUUCCUUGAAAACUUCCCGAUAACCUACCUUCCAACAAUACUUUGAUCUUAGUUCUAUCCAAAGUCAGCCUCAUCAAUCUUUUUUUGAAACACGUAUAACUUAUGAAACCUCAUACAACUUUUGUCCUCUUUAUAGUAGUUCUAGAUUUUGGUUUUUACUCUGUGUUGUUUGUAAAGUAAAAAUCUGGUCCAUCGUACUUUUCUCUUCCCUAAAACCUCCUUGUAUCUAUCUACUUCUUGGUUAUUGAUUGUUUUUUUUUCUUAUUACCCUGGCCAAAACUUUGGAGGUUCUUAAUCGCGGUUUAGCCUCCUCUACGUCACCAUAAUGAGUUAUAAGAACUGAAAAUAAGUUACAGGGGUCUUUGGUGUGAAUUUGAAAGAUAGUUAAUGCUAGGAAAAGAUGUGUACGCCAACUCAAUCAUUAUUUUAUUAAUGAAUGUUAAAUGAUUCAUUUCAUUUUAUUAUUUAUUGGUAGUAAUAUUAUUUUUUUAAGAAUAUAUGACCAUUUCUAUUUCCAUUAUACGAGUAUUGGGUCAACUUUCGCAUAAAAUAUAUGAAAAAAUGUCACGUCAUAUACCUGUGGGUGUAGGUCAACAAUUGACCUUUUGCAAUUUUAUGCUCUCGGCUGCUAAUAGACCAUCUUAACGAUCUAAUAGAAAGCCAAAUCAUACCUAGAGGUACUUUAUAUAACGAAGAUGAUCUACUUCACACAAAUAACAAACAUAUAAAAUCCAUUGAAUAUAUACAGAGCGGCUCCUCUAAAUUGGAAACGCAUACUAAAAUUUUAAACAUUACUCAAGACAAAUUUGAGGUUAUUAUCCACAUUUUUAAUAGGGAAAUAAAUGGAUAACACUCUUAAACUUUCGAAAAUACUUCAUCAUUCAAUAAAAAUAAAAUCAGGCUCCCCGAUAAAGAUAAAGAAUAAAUUUACUUGUUGGAGUCCAACUAAAAACCUCAUUUAACCUCAACAUAAAAGACAAAGCGUAUAAUUUGGGAAUUGGGAUGGAAAACAUAAGAAUUAAGAAUGUCUAUGAACCAAUAGUUUCUUUCCAACGAAAAUUCAACUCUCUGGUUUGGUGCGAUGGUUGAUAUCGGUCUAAACUGUUUGGGCAAAAGCUGUAAAAAUUUAGAUCUCUACUAGACGUUGCGCUUGAUUGGAAAAAGUCGAACCUCUUUUCGACGAUCUCGGCAACGUCAGUUUUCAAUGACAUCGUUCCUAAAAUUAGAUAUAUCGUCCUUCAUAGUCGAAAUCUUCUCAUCCAUAUCGGCAGAAUUGGAUGAGAUCAAGGUGUGAAACUCGUCUUUGAAUAGAUCAGUUUCUGGAUCGGAUCCUUCACUUACCAAUCUUUCUACUAAUUCAAUCUUCUUACCGAAUGUUUCCAACUCGCGAUUUUUCAAUUCUGCUUUUAGUCCCGUCACUUCUAUACGCUCAGGCGCGUCGAAAUCUUUUCGUCCAUAUCGGCAGAAUUGGAUGAGAUCAAGGUGUGAAACUCGUCUUUGAAUAGAUCAGUUUCUGGAUCGGAUCCUUCACUUACCAGUCGCUCUACUAAUUCAAUCUUCUUACCGAAUGUUUCCAACUCGCGAUUUUUCAAUUCUGCUUUUAGUCCCGUCACUUUUAGGUCGCUCAGGCGCGUCGAAAUUUUCUCAUCCAUAUCGGCAGAAUUGGAUGAGAUCAAGGUGUGAAACUCGUCUUUGAAUAGAUCAGUUUCUGGAUCGGAUCCUUCACUUACCAGUCUUUCUACUAAUUCAAUCUUCUUACCGAAUGUUUCCAACUCGCGAUUUUUCAAUUCUGCUUUUAGUCCCGUCACUUUUAGGUCGCUCAGGCGCGUCGAAAUUUUCUCAUCCAUAUCGGCAGAAUUGGAUGAGAUCAAGGUGUGAAACUCGUCUUUGAAUAGAUCAGUUUCUGGAUCGGAUCCUUCACUUACCAGUCUUUCUAAUAAUUCAAUCUUCUUACCGAAUGUUUCCAACUCGCGAUUUUUCAAUUCUGCUUUUAGUCCCGUCACUUUUAGGUCGCUCAGGCGCGUCGAAAUUUUCUCAUCCAUAUCGGCAGAAUUGGAUGAGAUCAAGGUGUGAAACUCGUCUUUGAAUAGAUCAGUUUCUGGAUCGGAUCCUUCACUUACCAGUCUUUCUAAUAAUUCAAUCUUCUUACCGAAUGUUUCCAACUCGCGAUUUUUCAAUUCUGCUUUUAGUCCCGUCACUUUUAGGUCGCUCAGGCGCGUCGAAAUUUUCUCAUCCAUAUCGGCAGAAUUGGAUGAGAUCAAGGUGUGAAACUCGUCUUUGAAUAGAUCAGUUUCUGGAUCGGAUCCUUCACUUACCAGUCUUUCUACUAAUUCAAUCUUCUUACCGAAUGUUUCCAACUCGCGAUUUUUCAAUUCUGCUUUUAGUCCCGUCACUUUUAGGUCGCUCAGGCGCGUCGAAAUUUUCUCAUCCAUAUCGGCAGAAUUGGAUGAGAUCAAGGUGUGAAACUCGUCUUUGAAUAGAUCAGUUUCUGGAUCGGAUCCUUCACUUACCAGUCUUUCUAAUAAUUCAAUCUUCUUACCGAAUGUUUCCAACUCGCGAUUUUUCAAUUCUGCUUUUAGUCCCGUCACUUUUAGGUCGCUCAGGCGCGUCGAAAUUUUCUCAUCCAUAUCGGCAGAAUUGGAUGAGAUCAAGGUGUGAAACUCGUCUUUGAAUAGAUCAGUUUCUGGAUCGGAUCCUUCACUUACCAGUCGCUCUACUAAUUCAAUCUUCUUACCGAAUGUUUCCAACUCGCGAUUUUUCAAUUCUGCUUUUAGUCCCGUCACUUUUAGGUCGCUCAGGCGCGUCGAAAUUUUCUCAUCCAUAUCGGCAGAAUUGGAUGAGAUCAAGGUGUGAAACUCGUCUUUGAAUAGAUCAGUUUCUAGAUCGGAUCCUUCACUUACCAAUCUUUCUACUAAUUCAAUCUUCUUACCGAAUGUUUCCAACUCGCAUUUUUCAAUUCUGCUUUUAGUCCCGUCACUUUUAGGUCGCUCAGGCUCGUCGAAAUUUUCUCAUCCAUAUCGGCAGAAUUGGAUGAGAUCAAGGUGUGAAACUCGUCUUUGAAUAGAUCAGUUUCUGGAUCGGAUCCUUCACUUACCAGUCUUUCUACUAAUUCAAUCUUCUUACCGAAUGUUUCCAACUCGCGUUUUUCAAUUCUGCUUUUAGUCCCGUCACUUCUAGGUCGCUCAGGCGCGUCGAAAUCUUUUCGUCCAUAUCGGCAGAAUUGGAGGAGAUCAAAGUGGGAAACUCGUCUUUGAAUAGAUCAGUUUCUGGAUCGGAUCCUUCACUUACCAGUCUUUCUAAUAAUUCAAUCUUCUUACCGAAUGUUUCCAACUCGCGAUUUUUCAAUUCUGCUUUUAGUCCCGUCACUUUUAGGUCGCUCAGGCGCGUCGAAAUUUUCUCAUCCAUAUCGGCAGAAUUGGAUGAGAUCAAGGUGUGAAACUCGUCUUUGAAUAGAUCAGUUUCUGGAUCGGAUCCUUCACUUACCAAUCUUUCUACUAAUUCAAUCUUCUUACCGAAUGUUUCCAACUCGCGAUUUUUCAAUUCUGCUUUUAGUCCCGUCACUUUUAGGUCGCUCAGGCUCGUCGAAAUUUUCUCAUCCAUAUCGGCAGAAUUGGAUGAGAUCAAGGUGUGAAACUCGUCUUUGAAUAGAUCAGUUUCUAGAUCGGAUCCUUCACUUACCAAUCUUUCUACUAAAUCAAUCUUCUUACCGAAUGUUUCCAACUCGCGUUUUUCAAUUCUGCUUUUAGUCCCGUGACUUUUAGGUCGCUCAGGCUGAUAGUCAUGUUUCUGUCACUAUUUAUUUACAAUACCCCACACCAGAUACCAAUGUUAAGAAUAAUUAGUACGAUGAAGAAAAAAUAAUGAAUUUAACUAUGGCACUGCAAGGACACGCUGUACUCCAGACGACACCUCUCGAAGAAACUGAUGACUUCGAGUUGAAGAACAUGCGGUAUGGUCAUGAACAUCUAGAAUACUUGUACCGAACCGAAGACAGAAGUGUGACGAAACUUUUUACCAGAGAAUGUUGGGGCAUCCAUUUUAUAUAAUAGAAAAUAUGGCGAAUAGUUUAUUACAAAAAAUUUAAAUCUUUAAAUUCGGAAUGCUGCUUACAAAUAUGUCAAUAGAAAAAGAAUAAUUCAAAUGAGUAAAUCUUUGAGUAUAAACUGUUUUUUUCUAAGGUGUUAUAAACAGAAAUAAUCACGCGAGAAUAUUUACAGGUUAUACCAACAUGUUUGUAUGUAAACAUUGUGGUGGAAUAGUUUAUAGAAUAAUCCCUAAUUAACUAUGAAAAUUCUUUAUACCCAAAAUAGAAAAAUAUUCUUCUGGUACAUCGUUGAAUGCGAAACUUACGUGAUAUUUUAACAAAAAAGAUAUUGCGUACUAAAAUUUGAAUAACUGUUUUUUCACUGUUUGUUCCCUUUUUCGCACUGCUAAAUAUUUUUGGAUUUUCAUCAAUCAAGGAGGCUGUUGUUUCAUUAUUAAUGUGAUAUUUGACUACAUAUUACGAUAUUAAACUACUGUUGUCCCCCCAAUGGAGAAAAAACCCUAUUCUAGAGUGACAUUAAGGUCCGUCAAAAAUUUAAUUACGUAAAAUUUUAUUCCACCGAAAAAAAAAUGUAGUUCUUCGUGGAUUUCGCUUCUAUUCCACCAAAAAAAAACUAUCAAUGUCGUUAAAGUUGAUACAAAGUUAUUUUUGAUGGAUUUUGUCUAUUGUCACUCGGAAAAUGUAUAUGUUAAUUGUUAUAAUAUAUUAAAAAAUUUACUAAAAUCAUAAAAAAUGACAUUGAUGUAAUACAUGGUUGUGUCAGCUGUUAUCGAUCUUACAGAAUCAAGAAAAAUAAAAACUGCUGAUUUAAAUA